AUGGACUUAAUGAAUAAUGAUUCAUUGAAAUUUGGAAUAGAAAUGACGUCUUACUCGAUGUCUUCUUUUACACAAGAUCCAAAGCUGGCUGCCGCUAUACAAAAACUGUACCAUCAACAACAACGGUUAGGACUUUAUCUGGAAUUGCCAGAACGCAAAUUGGAGUUUAGUGAAGUUCAUAGCCUUUUAAUACAAUCUACAACAAAGAAUGCUAAUUAUAAAGAGUUAUUGUCAAAAUCAAUCAGUGAAGACAGAGCACUUCUUAUCAAAAGGAUAGAAAAGAUUUUGGAGGAUGUGAACAACACUGCUGCUAGUGGACACUCACCAAAACUAAGUAUAAGAAAUCAAAGGCUAUGGACCAAUUGUAUUUAUGAUUUGAACCGUGUUACACUGAAAAGUCUAAAUGAGGCCAAAAAAACAGUAUUAAACUAUUCAAGUAAAGAGGAUAAAUCGCGUUUUAAUACAAUCAUAUUUGUUUUGACAAAAGCACAUGAACUACUAACAAAAAAACUAACUAUAACCAGAAGGGAACUAUUUUAUCAGAAUGUGUCUCGAUUUGGAAGUCAAUCGAAACUGGAUGUGGGGGUGAGAGAUGCGUGUUGCUUAUUAGAAACUCCCCCUUGGAAUCUUGGCAUUGUGGCUACAGCUAAAGGUCUUAUUGCAGGACCAUUAAUAUUGUACAAUGUAGAUGGAACCACAGUCGACUGUAUGAUGUCGGGAGGUACGUUGGUACCUCAAGAUAUUAAUGGUAUAAAGGAAUUUAAGUCACCAGCUAAAUAUAUACUAUUAAUAGAAAAAGAUGCCGUAUUUCAAAAGUUGCUCGAUGAAGGAGCAUUGGUUCGAUUGGGACCUGUUAUUAUUUUAACGGGUAAAGGUUACCCCGAUGUAUGUACAAGACAAUUACUUUGCCGUUUAGUGAAGGAAUUGCGAUUAAAAGCUCUUGCGCUUGUGGACUGUGACCCACAUGGAUAUGAGAUCUUCUUCACAUAUAAGUAUGGUUCACUGGCUCAAUCGCAUUUAUCCGAUUCACUCGCAUGCAGUAGUCUGUUACUACUGGGAGCUUUGCACAGUGAUAUAAUCACUUUGGCUCCUAAAGCAGCUCGUUUGUCUCUCACUGCGCUUGACAGACGUAAACUCGAAGCACUGAUUAAAAGACCGUAUUUAGACAAUCCUGCAGGAACUCAGCUGAAAAAAGAACUACAAGAAAUGUUGGUAAGCGGCGAGAAGGCAGAGAUUGAAGCCGUAGCACCCACUGCGUCGGCUCUUUGCGAUUUUUAUUUACCUUCCAAAAUAAUACAAGCUAAUUUUUUAGGU